AGCCCUGAGAGCAAAACAGUGUGUGUGAAAAGUUUUCCCACUCCCAAACUUACCCGACCUUUCGAUUCCACACCCCAAUCCCCAAAUCCCCAAUCCUUCUAGUGUUUCAAUUCACUCUCAGACUCUCCCCAGUCACCAACCCCCUUGGAUCGGUCUAGGGUUUCCGAUAUCAAGAACCGGCAAGAAUGGAUCCUCUUCCUCGAGAAGUCGACGAUUACAUCAGAGAGUCGAUUGACCACACCCUCGGCCUCCCUGUGUCCGCACAGACUCUCGAAUUGAAGAAGCUCCGGUGCUCGGAAGCGGCGAAGCGACGGAUCGAAGGAGAAGGAUCAAGCUCUGGACCGAUUUGGUUGGGUUGCUUAUGUGUUUUUGGUUUCAGGCCGAGGCUUGUAUGAACGCUCAGGCUUUGAGGAAGUUUGUGGAGGAGAAUUAGAGACCAGCGGCAGAGUGUGCGCAUCUGGUGAGUCAGUGUAACAAGUUGGAGAAGGAGUGCUCGCUCUAUGAUCAUGACCGAGAGGCUUUGAUGGAUUUCGGAAACGAGGCAGACCAGAGGGCCAAGGAGGCUGAGUUACGGGUCCAAGAGUUGGAGGAUGAAUUGAGGGAAGAAUUGAAGUUUUACAAGAAUGAAUACGAGAGGCUUUCGGUUGAUUCAUCUGCUGAAGGCUCACCUGUUGAAGAGAAACUAGUGGAGUCUGUUUUAGCAACAUUGACCAAAGAUGAGACUGGGGCGGCAUGUGCAUUUUGGGAGGCCAAUAGCUGAAAUGAGUCAUGUCAAAGGUUGCUAAAUAUGUGGAAUGGCUUGAGGCCGUCAUCUCAAAAAGUUUUAUCGCUAGUUGCUGAGUUGAAAACACUUCAGAAGAAUAAUGUAACACUUGAGAAGGAUGAAGAACAUCUAAGGAUCAAUCUUCUUUCUGCUGAAGAGGACGUCAAAUUGCUUUUCGAAGAAAACAAAGUGUUAGAUGAAGCUAACAAAAGAUUACUAAAGCAGUACCGCAAGGAAAGAAAUAAUUCUGGUUCUGAUGGAAAGCAUACUGAUGUAUCAACGAAGGUAAGAGAAAGGGAGAAGAAUAGCUUUGAUUGCAUGUUUUACUAUGCUCUUAUACUUUCCUUGGCAUUUCAUGUCCAUGAAAUUGUAGUAGGAUCUAAUUUUAUGCAUUCUCCCCUUUUGCAGUCAAACAAGCGAAAAUCUAGCUCUAAGGUGAUGAGCAGCAGCCCGAUUCAGGGGAAGAUCGAUUUCAGUGACCAAGAAUCAUCAGCAAGACAACCUCUCUCACCGUUGCGUUGUAACUCCCCUAACUCAAGACUGCAUAAAAAGCAAUAGGAAGCUUCCGAAAUAGUCUGAUGUAUAUCACACCUCUCAUUUGUACCUUUUUAUGUACCCAUCAUAUGGGUUGGUUGGCAUAAGAUUGCAGAUUUUCAAAUGACUAACAAAAUUGUUUGUAACUUGUAAGACUCAUUUGCCAAGUCUUUUUAGUGAAUCACUGGAACAC